UCGAAGCGUGCUCAAGCCUUUCGCGAAGGCUUCGAUUUUCUUACCCCCGGACGUUUGCACCUUCCCGGUUAGCCCCAACACUAUCAAGACGUUACAUCGGUGCUUGUCCGAGCUUGGGACCUUGGCCUCGGUCUGAAGCGAACGUCUACGGCAUGGGCGGUCGAUGGGUACCACCGGGAUCUUCGAGGAGGGGACCAGAGUUAAAUGGAGGAGUGCAGCCGCUCGUUGAAACUCAGGUGUCCGGUCUUUUCGAACUUCAUCCUGUUCUUCCAUUGAUCGUCUGAUCUUUGGUAGUAUCGCACUCUGUGUUUCAGUCAUGGCCACUGCACAGGAAACUCCUGCUCACCAGCUGCAGCGUGAGCAGGCUGAGGCUGACCAGCACCCACACCUGAACGGCUUGUCUUUGAACAACGACAAUGUCGCUGGUGCCGGUAUCACGGAGAAGGACUUCGUCGAGAAGCCCAUGAGCGUCAGCUCUGGUGCUUCGGUUCGCGACAUCGAAAUCGAUGAUGGCAUGGGUGGUGUCAAGCCUACCGCCGAAGAGCUUCGCACCCUACGCAAGGUUGGCGAGCCUCUUCCCAAGGCCGCCUUCUUGGUCGCCAUUGUUGAACUUUGCGAGCGUUUCACCUACUAUGGUGCCUCCGGUAUCUUCCAGAACUACAUCCAGCGCCCGCUCGAUGGCAGUGCAGGACGUGGUGCUCUCGGUAUGGGACGUCAGGGAGCCACUGGUCUCUCUACCUUCUUCCAGUUCUGGUGCUAUGUCACACCCAUUCUCGGUGCUGUCAUCGCUGAUCAGUAUCUCGGAAAGUACAACACCAUUGUUGUCUUCUGCGGCGUCUACAUCAUCGGUCUUCUCAUCCUCACCCUGACCUCUAUCCCUGCUGCUCUUCAGGGAGGCGCUGGUCUUGGUGGUUUCGUUGCUGCUAUUAUUGUUAUUGGUCUCGGUACUGGUGGUAUCAAGUCCAACGUUGCUCCUUUGAUCGCCGAUCAAUACAAGCGUCGUCAGAUGGUUAUUGGCAAGGACGAGAAGACUGGCGAGCGCGUUAUCAUUGAUCCCGCGAUUACCAUCUCUCGUAUCUACAUGAUCUUCUACUGGUGCAUCAACAUCGGUUCUCUGUCUCUGCUCGCAACUCCUUACAUGGAGCGCGACACCGACUUUUGGUCCGCUUACCUGUUGUGCUUGUGCAUCUUCUUCGUUGGUACGCUUGUUCUCGUCCUCGGUCGCAAGGUCUACAUCGUUCGCCCACCGCAGGGUUCUGUCAUCACCAAUGCUUUCCGCGUUAUCGGUCAGAUGAUCAAGGCACGCAACAUGGACGGCCCUAAGCCUUCUCACCAGGCCGGUCUUGGAAAGACACCUACCACUCUUUGGGACGACCACUUUGUUGAAGAGGUCAAGCGCGCACUCGUUGCCUGCAAGGUCUUCUGCUUCUACCCCAUCUACUGGGUCGUAUACGGCAACUUCUCCAACAACUUCGUCACCCAGGCCGGUCAGAUGGCAGGUCACGGCAUUCCCAACGAUUUGAUGCAGAACUUCGAUCCCAUCGCCAUCAUUGUCUUCCUGCCCAUCAUGGAUCAGUUCUUCUUCCCGUUCCUCCGCAAGCACAAGAUCAACUUCCCUCCUAUCAACCGUAUCACCGCUGGAUUUUGGAUCGCUUCUCUCGCCAUGGUCUACGCUGCUGUCAUUCAGCACUACAUCUAUGAAGCUGGUCCUUGCUACGGUCACCCAGGUUGCCCGGCAAGUGAGAUUGACGGAGUUGCUCAAGGCAACAACAUCCACAUUGCUACCCAAACUGGUGCUUACAUGCUCAUCGGUAUUUCCGAGAUUUUCGCCUCCGUUACUGGUCUUGAGUACGCCUACACCAAGGCACCGCCGAGCAUGAAGUCAUUCGUCCAGUCCAUGUACCUGCUCACCAACGCUUUCGGAUCUGCCAUCUCCGAGGCGCUCAACCCUCUCCUGUACGAUCCCGCAAUCAUGUGGAUGUUCUGCGGCUUGGCUGUUGCUUCGUUCGUCGCUGGCUGCUUGAUCUGGAUCUUGUUCCACCACCUCAAUGAGACUGAGGACGAGAUGAACGCUCUUGACCAGGACUACGAUAAGGACCCCACUCUGCGCAGGAGCAGCGUGCAUGAUGACCGCACCAUCGGCCUCAGCUCCCACCACGAGGAGGAUAAGAACGCCCAAUUCGCUUAGAAGCGCUGGUGUUAGACGAUAUAAUGUGAUAAUGUAGUGAAUGUGCCGCUAGGGCUGCAUUGAAUGAAUCUCAAUCUCUUCAAGUACCUCAACUGUU